AUGGCUAACCAGAACCAAACAGACAACUCAGAAAUAACCCUUUUGAUGAUCUCCAGUAGACCUGAAUAUCAGAGACUUUUCUUCCUGCUUUUUCUGUCUAUUUAUUUGUUGACCCUUCUAGGGAAUAUUCUCAUUGUCUUGCUUAUCCGCUUAGACAACCGUCUCCUUCGGUCCCCGAUGUACUUGUUCCUAAGCCACCUCUCCCUGGCUGACAUCAUUUUUGUUUCCACUACUGUUCCCAAAAUCCUGAUAAAUUUGAUGUCUCAGACUCAGACCAUCACCUUCAAUGAGUGCUUGACCCAGAUGUAUUUCUUUCUCGCCUCUGGUAACACAGAUAAUUUCCUCCUUGCCUGCAUGGCUUAUGACCGCUACGUGGCUGUCUGUCAUCCUUUGCAUUACGUCACUGUGAUGAGCCACAGGUGCUGCCUAUUUUUGGUUUCUGGAUCCUGGAUCGUUUCCGGUCUCCACUCUUUACUCUAUACACUUUUGAUUUCACGCCUUUCUUUCUGUACCUCUGUGGAAGUCCCCUAUCUUUUCUGUGAUGUCUAUCCUCUCCUGGAAUUCUCCUGUUCUGAUACAACACUCAUAAAAAUCUUGGCACAGACGGAAGGGGUGGUGGAUUUGCUGGGACCUUUAGCUGCCAUCAUUGUCUCCUAUGCGCUAAUAUUCUCCACAAUCAUAAAAAUUCCCUCAACCGCUGGGAAAUACAAAGCAGUUUCCACCUGUGGCUCACAUCUGGCUGUGGUGAUCUUGUUCUACAGCACUAUCAGUUGCCUUUAUUUCCAGCCUCCCUCUGCGUAUUCAGCCCAAAAGGGCACAUUUAUCUCUCUCUUGUAUGUAGUGGUGAUACCAAUGCUGAAUCCCUUCAUCUAUACACUAAGGAACCAGGAGGUAAAGUCAGCAAUAGUGAGACUUCUCGGUAGGACGAGAACUUUCUUAAGGAAAUAA